AUGUUGAAAAACUUUAAACUUUCUAAAAGAGAUAGUAAUGGAUCCAAAGGCAGAAUCACAUCGGCAGACAUUUCCACGCCUUCUCGUGAUAAUGGAGGUGUUAUGAAACACAUUAAAACGGUACCUGUUAGGUACCUUUCUUCAUCCUCUUCUACUCCAGUAAAAAGCCAGCGAGAUUCUUCUCCAACGAAAAGACAUGACUCUAAAGAUAUUACUUCUCCAGAGAAAGUUAUAAAGGCCAAAUUUAGUUACCAGGCUCAAACCGCGAAGGAAUUAUCCUUUAUUGAAGGAGAAUUCUUUUACGUAUCCGGAGAUGAGAAGGAUUGGUAUAAAGCUUCUAAUCCAUCUACCGGAAAGCAAGGUGUAGUUCCCAAAAGCUAUUUCGAAGUAUUUGAUAGAACUAGACCUUCAUCUGUAAACGGGACUAAUAGUUCGAGUCGAAAAGUUACAAACGAAUCGUUAAAUAUGGGUUCAUUAUACGCCAUUGUUCUUUAUGACUUCAAAGCAGAAAAGGCAGAUGAAUUAACAACUUACGUGGGAGAGAAUCUGUUCAUUUGCGCUCACCAUAAUUGCGAAUGGUUUAUUGCUAAGCCGAUUGGCCGGCUUGGAGGUCCCGGGCUUGUCCCCGUUGGAUUUGUUAGUAUCAUAAAUAUUGCCACAGGUUAUGCUACAGGUAACGACGUGAUAGAAGAUAUCAAGUCCGUUAACCUACCAACAGUCCAGGAAUGGAAAAGCAACAUUGCAAGGUAUAAGGCGAGUAAUAUUAGCCUUGGUAGUGUGGAACAACAGCAGCUGCAGUCUACUACAAAAUCUCCUAAUCAGAGCGCAAAACUAGUCGAUAGCGAGCUAUUAUUGAAAGCCUCUGUUGAAUCAUUCGGAUUAGAAGAUGAAAAGUACUGGUUUUUAGUUUGCUGUGAAUUAUCCAACGGUAGAACGAGGCAACUGAAAAGAUACUAUCAGGAUUUCUACGAUCUUCAAGUUCAAUUAUUAGAUACGUUCCCAGCAGAAGCUGGUAAGUUGAGAGAUGCAGAUGGGCAAUGGUCCAAACGUAUAAUGCCCUAUAUCCCCGGACCUGUACCAUAUGUUACCAAUAGUAUAACGAAAAAGAGGAAAGAGGACUUAAACAUCUAUGUUGCAGACCUGGUUAACCUUCCAGAUUAUAUAUCUCGUUCAGAAAUGGUUCAUUCCUUAUUUGUUGUUCUGAAUAAUGGUUAUGACAGAGAAUACGACAAUGAAGAAAAUUCAAAUAAUAUUAAAACGUUGCAAGAAAACGAUACAGCCACGUUUGCAACUGCAUCGCAAGCUUCUAUGUUAGCUUCAAACAAUCAGGAUAAUACAUUGACCGGUGAAGAUUUGAAGUUAAAUGUCAAACUCUCAGAAUUGUCUCUUUCUGCUUCCCAGCAGCCAUCCGUAGCACAGGUUUCAGAUUCGAAAACAACGAAAAUAAAGUUUUAUUAUAAGGAUGAUAUUUUCGCGUUGAUGCUGAAGAGUAGCACAAGCUAUAAGGAACUUCUCGAUAAAAUCGCUCCAAGAAUCGACGCAGAUGACUUUAAGCUACAAGUCAAACUAGCAGAUGGUAACGGGGAGGAGAUAAAAACAGAUUCACAGGUAAACAGUGUUAUCCAGGCCAAACUAAAGAUCUCGGUCCAUGACAUUUGA